UAGUCGGGCAGGGGGCUCGCUGGCUGUCUGGCAUUCACCAUCUCUCUCGCUUCCUGCGUGCUGCAUCCUUUCACAAGCUGCUCUGCUUAGCGUAGUCUGUUCAUUGAGCUCCUGAGAUUGCCAUUGAUUACCGAGAUAGAGAGGAGGAAAACGUGUGAGUGUGUGUGUCUGAUAUCAAGUGUAUGUUGUAAUUAUGUCUGCCAUGGAACCAACCAGUGGGGUUUCUCAAGAGGAGAAGAAUAAGUUGUGUGCUAAUGGAGCAGCCACCAAAGUGCAGGUACAUUUAGAAGGAGCUGAUAGUGCGAAGCUGGGAGAGGUGGGAGAAACUGAAGACGGAAAGAAAAUAACCUUCCAAACUGGACCCCCACAAUCUGCACCAGCAGGGAGACGUUACAAGAGGCGGUCUAGAUCUCUGUCCCAGUCCUCAACAGACAGUAACACAUCAGGCUCCUAUUCCAGCUACUCUGAAGAUGAAGAUGAAGUCUCACCAAGGCAGAAAGAACAGAAAAACUCGAAAGGGUCAAGCGACUUCUGUGUCAAGAACAUCAAGAAGGCUGCGUUUGGUCGGCGUGAGAUACAGAUAGCAGAGCAAGAAAUGCCUGGUCUAAUGCUGCUGAGAAGUAAAGUAGCCAGUGAGAAGCCUCUGAAAGGAGCUAAGAUCAUUGGAUGUACCCAUAUCACAGCUCAAGCUGCGGUUUUGAUUGAGACCCUGUCAGCCCUUGGAGCAAGUAUCCGCUGGUCUGCUUGUAACAUCUACUCUACCCAGAAUGAGGUUGCUGCUGCUCUAGCUGAGGCUGGUUUCCCUGUCUUCGCCUGGCGUGGAGAGACAGAGGAAGACUUCUGGUGGUGUAUUGAAAAAUGCAUCCUGGCUGAUGGAUGGCAGCCAAACAUGAUCCUUGAUGAUGGAGGAGACGCCACUCACCGUAUGCUCAAGAAGUGUCCAGAGACCUUCAAGCUAGUCAAAGGAAUCGUAGAAGAAUCUGUAACAGGAGUUCACCGUCUUUAUCAACUCUCCAAGUCGGGAAAGCUUAGCAUACCAGCUAUGAAUGUCAAUGACUCUGUCACUAAGGUCAAAUUUGACAAUCUGUACUGCUGCCGUGAAUCCAUCUUGGAUGCAUUGAAGAGGACUACGGACACCAUGUUUGGUGGUAAACAGGUAGUGGUUUGUGGCUACGGAGAGGUUGGCAAAGGAUGCUGUGCUGCCCUCAAGGGUCUUGGAUCUAUCGUCAGUGUUACUGAGAUUGACCCCAUCUGCGCAUUGCAGGCUGCUAUGGAUGGCUUCAGAGUGGUUAGACUAGAGGAGGUCCUAAAGAAUGUAGAUAUUCUUAUUACAUGCACAGGUAACAAGAAUGUUGUUCAGAGACAUCACCUUGACAGACUCAAGAAUGCUUGUAUUGUGUGUAACAUGGGACACUCCAAUACAGAGAUUGAUGUGGAGAGUCUACGUACACCUGAGUUGGUAUGGGAGAGAGUACGUCAUCAGGUAGAUCAUGUUAUCUGGCCUGACGGUAAAAGAAUCCUUCUUCUGGCUGAGGGUCGUCUUGUGAACCUUAGCUGCUCUACUGUACCAUCGUUUGUGGUUUCAAUCACAGCCUGUACCCAGGGUCUUGCUCUCAUUGAACUCUUCAAUGCACCUCAAGGCAGAUACAAGCAAGAUGUCUAUCUACUCCCAAAGAAACUUGAUGAAUAUGUAGCGACCCUUCACCUGCCAUCAUUUGAUGCACACCUAACUGAGUUAAGUGAUGAUCAAGCAGGCUACCUAGGACUCAACAAGACUGGUCCAUUCAAACCUAAUUACUACAGAUAUUAACUGGUACCUCUCCUGACUGAUUGUGUAGAGGCUCUCUUCCUAUUACCUUCCAUGCCAUUGUAACCCUCGACGGACAAGUAUUACUCAUCAGACGUGAAUAUAGUUUCAUAGAGUAUUUUCCUAUCCCUCAAAACCAAAAUUUAGAGAGCCAUUACAAAUAUAUAUGUCUACAUUCUGCUGUUGUAUUUUGCAAAUGAAAUGAUAUUGUGUCCAACAUUUUUGAUGUGGUAAAAAUAUAUUGACAUAAUGUGUGAGAGAGGAGUAAGAUGUGUUUAUUAGCGUGAGAGAUCUAGAUAAAGAGUUACAAGUGCAAGGGAUUGGGUCUUCUCAAACUUAUAUGCAUGAAGAAACUCUAGUUUGAAGUGUGUAUUCAGUGACAAAUUUAAAUAUCUGUGUUACAUGCAUUAAUUAAGGCUUGUUCAGAUAUAACACUGUAAACCGCUGCAAAAAGGCCACAACGCUUUUUAACAAAGGACUUGCUCUUAUUCAUUGACCCCUGUGUUAUCAGAUUCUGAAAUGUGAAGCUUAUUACACUCAACUUCAUCACAAAAACUAAACGCAGCGGUUUUGCUGUGUCAUAUCUGAGCGUGCCUUUAGAAUGGCAGGGAACCUACAAGAGUGAUACAGUGUAUUAUGUCAUCUACCCCCCCCCCCCCCCAUUUAUGUCCGGUUAAGUGUGUGAAUAGUAGGUGGCAUUAUAAUGAUAUACAAAUGUGUAUAAUUGAAAAUGAACUCUUAAGCAAUACAUUGUAACAACAAAUUCUGUAAAUGUGCAUUUCAGUUAUUAAAUGAUUUGUAUAUUAACAAGGAAUGAUCUGCUAAUGUUAGAGAGGUAGAUUUUUUGUUUUGUUUGUUAAUUGCAGAGAAUUUAUUACUAAAUCAUGUAAUGUAUUGAAGCAUGUACAAAGCCACUCUAAAACUUCAAAAUAAGAGUAACGACUAAUGAUGUCAUGUUAUAUCAAUUACAAAUAGUAAAUUGAAAAUGUAUUAUUUAGUUCUCUAAAUUGUUAUCUGCAGGGUGAAUAUAAUUCUCACUGAUAUACAAUGUAGGGUUGAGGUAUUUGGUGGUAUUUGAAAAAUGUCACCUGUAUGGUGUAGCCUUAAAUUGAUGUUAAACACAGUAAAGUGGCUGAAUGGAUCUUGUUCCUUUCAAAAUGGUGAGAGCAAUGCAUGCUGUAAGAGAGAAGAUUAUCAAAUUUAAAGUCCAUUUGGGGGUCAAUUAAAAUAUUCUCCCUUUUAGUAUUAAAUGCCGUACUUCAUUAUCCCUCUACUUCAUAAUAAUUAUUGCACAUGGCGAUUUCUCUCUCUAAUGUACCAUACAUACCAUGACAGUUAAUGUUUUACUAUGGCAACUUGAAGAUAUCCCAAUCAUAAGUGUUGAAAAAUAAAUUACUUGCUAAUCUAAUCUGUAACUAUAAAACAUGUGUAUACAAGUGUGUAACAGGGUAUGCAAAAUAGUUGGGAGUGUAACUCAAGAUCUAUGAUUAAAAUGUUCCCAAUUGACAAUCAAAUUCACCACUAGUAUAUUUAGAAUCAGUAGUUGACUGCCAAUACUUUGCAUGUUUACUCUCUGUCAUUUUUGUAUAAUAUUGAGUUUACAUGAUUAUAAAAAUCCUUGUCGCAACUACAUAUGACAAAAAAUAGUGAGCACAACCACCCCCUCCCCCCAUAAAAAAAAGGUACCGGUAGAGGGAAUUGAUAAGUUUGUAUUGUUAGACUGCCUAAUGAGGAUGCAUUACCGUAUUAAAGGGAUUGUUGUAUUACCCUCAUUAUUGUAAGUAGUAAAUAUUGUAACCAUACAUGUAUGUGAUUAAGUCUAUAAAUCUAAGGCACACACUUCACUGUGUCCAUCAUGCACUUUUCAGAUUGAAAAUUUAGUUUCAAAAUGUAUCAACUACAUUGUCAUUAUUGUGAAAGUUUUCUUGAUGCUGUUUUAUGAUCAUUCAGCUCGCUCAUACAAAUGAUGCAAACAUCUAAAUGUGAUAUCAUAUUUGGAUAUAAAUUCUUUGAUUAAUUCUUGAUAAUGAGUUUAGACAAUUUGUGAAUUCUUGAAGUAUAAAGUCUUCUGCACACUGUUACCUUGAGUUUUAACCGUAUGUGGAUGGUCAUAUCAGUCAGGCUUGAUCUAAUUUAUGCACAAAAAAGUAUCACCUUAUUGAUGUAUUGCAAGUGAUUGUUUGAUACUACAUGUACUUGUAGCCAAAUAAUGAGAUAUAUACUAGUAUUCGACUAUUGGUAAGAAAAAUGAAAGUGUUUUUGUGAAGUGUUUUUGGCAAAAAUUGCAACUUAAUUUCCAUAGUAAUGUUUACCCUUAAAGUAAUGCUAUGUGUGAUUGAAUCAGAGGGCAACGGUGUAAGUCCCGUUUUGUAUAUUUUGAUUAUCUUGAGUAGCAUAUAGUCAGGAGCAGAAUGAAACAGUCUGCUAAGAGCCAGAAGGACAUCUACUUCAAUCAUUUGAUAUAGCAUUAAUGCCUUUCUGGCUUUAGCAAAAGAAUUGUAUUUUUCUUUGUCUUGUCUUCAAAGUUUUGAACUGAAGGAAAUUUAACCUGCAUGUUUUGCAGGUGUUUGGCAAGUUGGCGAUACAUCAACUGAUGAAUAAUUAAUAUCAUUAGGGACAUCCCUAAGUAUACAAACUUGAUACAAAUUAGCUGAGUUAAAUUAAACUUCUCUAAUUAAAGUAUCUAUUGUUCGGAUAUGAUUGUAAUAUUACAAAAAAUACAUGUAUAGUGAUCCUGCAUGCCUAAAUGCAAUAAAUUUCUCAAACUAUUGGAAGAAUCAUUUAGAAGUAAUCUUUUCAUUCAAACUCUGUCAAGGAUUGACAUCUGUCAUGUUGCCUCAUCUGAUAUUCAUAGAUAAUUAUCUUGCCUGAAUCAUAUAAACAUCUAUCAGAUUCCUAUUCUAUUUGCUCCAAGCUAAAAUUAUGCAGUUUCAAAUUUUGUACAUGCUCUCCUUUUCAGACGUAAUUUUUGUUUUGAUGUUUAGUUUAUUACUUUUAUUUACUUCUUUCUUUUUUCUUGCCAAGUACACACAUGCCUAAAUGGUACUCAACUUUGUGUUAUUUUGCUUCCUCCAUGAAUCCACCAUCUUGAUUUGUAAUUGGGAGUCAGAUUGGUCACAUUCCAAUUAUAUAUAUAUAGAAAAACAAACUUUUUUAUCUUGUGUUUCUUUAGUUUGGAACACAGAUUAUAGAAUUAACUAUUUUCUUUCUGAAGUGAUUCAUACUAGCAAUUGUCUAAAAUUUCCAUUUUUUCCAAAGAAACCUUUAUUUUCCAAAGAUUUUUAGAAUAUAAUAUUGAAUGGCCUCAAAUUUGCAGAAGUUACAGUGACGACAUAACAUGUGGACCGAUCGGUUCACCUAUAUAACUGAGCUGAUGAGCCAUACUUAAUCAAUGCAAAUUUAUUGUGAAUAUGGGUACUCCACAUAAGACAAUGUCAUCAAGUCGAUAGCAAGUUUUUAGGUUGAUAAUUUCUGAUUUUCAAUGCUUUCAGAGAGCUGAUACUCCUCUGACAGACACUAAAAUGGCAUAUACUUGAAAUUAUUGUAAUCUAUGGCUUAUAAUUCAUCCAUUUCAUUUUUCAAUUCGGAUAUGUUCUUUAAUGAAUUGGCAAAAUUUAUAUUUAGCGUAAAUUAGUAUAUUUCCAGUCGUAACAGCUGGUAUGUAACAAAAAUAUUGAAUGACAAGGAGUAGAGCUGUGAUCUUGUCAUCUGAAAUGAAUGAGGAGUUUAGAAUGCAUGUAGCAUUACCAGUUACUGGAUAUGAGAUAUAUAUGACUGCUUCAGAUGGUAUAUCAUUGCCGAUAAUAAAUAUGAAUAAUGAGAAAA